AUGGCACGACAACUGCUGAGCUACGACGACCUACCGCAUUCCGACGCCGCCAUCCACCUCGCCUCUCCCUCGUCUCUCCCACCACCAUCGCACCACCACCACCACCACAACCACCACAACCACGAAGGCGACGACUACGACGAAGACGACGACGUCAACGCGAACGGCAAACGGGCUGGACAGGGCAGCGCUCGCAGCGCCGGCAACGGCCAGCAUGCACGGCCAAAGAAGCGCAACAAGACCAGGGCCGAGAAGCGCGCGGCGAGGGAGAGGGGAAAGGCGGACGGGACUUGGCCCGGUCGAUCCCGCUCCUCUCCCUCGAGGGUACCGGGGAGGAGCGACGUGGCUUCCUGGCGCCACGGCGAGGAGGCGCGGGGCGCAUACGAUGACGAGGCAGAGGACGAGGAUGCCGACGAAGACGAGCAGUGGCAUGUCGAGCCGUCUUUUAUCAUCCCCACGCCCUUUGACGCCGACAACGACGACGACGACGAAGACGACGACGAGGCGGACCGUCAUGGGCCUGGUGGCGGCGACGAAGACCCUCAAAAGUGCACCGCCUCGACGCCUUCGGAGCGGGGACGACGGCUGAGCCACGCCGAAAUCUGGGGCGACUCGGCGCUCAUCUCGGCCUGGGAAGCCGCGUCGGCGGAGUACCUCUCGUUCCACACCGCCCCGUCGACGAACCCCGUACCGGACGACGACGAGGAAAAGGCAAAGGCGAGCGCGCUGUGGUGGUUCAGCCCCGCUGCCGGGGGCAAGCUGGCGCGGGAGGCCAAGCGGGUCGCGGUGAGGUGGAGAGAGCAGAGGAGGGACGUGGCGCUCCUCAAGAAGGAGGUCGAGAAGCAACAGCGCGUCGGCCACGCCUCGCCGACUGCGGCUGCGGCUGCGCUUGCGCCUGCGGCAGGGGCGGGGUCGGGAGCGGAGGAAGACAAGACCACGCCGACGAGACGGGAGGAAGCACAGGCUCAAGUGGCGCGGCCGUCGCAGGCGCAAGCUGGCGCGAACGGCCACGGCGCAGCGGAAAGCGAUCCGCACCACUCGGCCGCGACGGCCGCGGCGACGGCGGCGUGGAGGAAGGCAUGUCGCAUCGUCGAGUCGACGCCCAACACGAUUGGCGCCUCGCCACCGCGCCCAUCUUCGAGGCUCGCACCACCACCACCUCCUCUUCCUCUGCCCAUGCCGCACCCGCCAUCGACAUCCGACGCCACAGCCAUCCCUACCGGCGCUCCUACUCCUGCACCUCCAUCUGCACCUGCAUCGGCACCUGCAUCGGCACCGACACCGGCAUCAAUGGCGAUGCCACCACCGCCGCACCCGGACUCGGAGCUGUUCCAAAACGUCACCAUGGCAUGGUACUAUGCCGGCUACUACGCCGGCCUCUAUAGCGCAUCGGCGCAUCGCGGCGGUGGCCCCGCGACGGAUCAGACGACGUCGGCAGCCAAGACGACCGAGGACGAGCAGUAG